GUUUCCCAUCCCAUUAUGGCUCGCACCAAGCAAACAGCCCGCAAGUCCACCGGCGGCAAGGCGCCGCGCAAGCAGCUGGCCACCAAGGCGGCCCGCAAGAGCGCGCCAGCCACGGGCGGCGUGAAGAAGCCGCACCGCUACCGGCCCGGCACGGUGGCCCUGCGCGAGAUCCGCCGCUACCAGAAGUCCACGGAGCUGCUGAUCCGCAAGCUGCCGUUCCAGCGGCUGGUGCGCGAGAUCGCGCAGGACUUCAAGACCGACCUGAGCUUCCAGAGCUCGGCCGUGAUGGCGAUGCAGGAGGCGUGCGAGGCUUAUCUGGUGGGGCUCUUCGAGGACACCAACCUGUGCGCCAUCCACGCCAAGCGUGUCACCAUCAUGCCCAAGGACAUCCAGCUUGCCCGCCGCAUCCGCGGGGAGAGGGCAUAA